AUGGAAAAAAGCAAUAAUGUCACUGUAUUUAUUCUCUUGGGACUUUCCAAAAACAAGAACACUGAAAUCCUUUGCUUCAUCUUAUUUUUAUUUUGCUACAUUGCUAUUUACAUAGGAAACGUGCUCAUCAUGGUUUCUAUCACAUGCAGUCGGCUAACUGAGCAACCCAUGCACUUUUUCCUUAAUUACCUCUCACUUUCUGACCUUUGCUACACGUCUACUGUGACACCCAAACUGAUAACCGGCUUAUUGGCAGAAAGGAAGAUCAUUUCCUAUAGUAGCUGCAUGACACAGCUCUUUACCACCCAUUUCUUUGGAAGCAUUGAGAUCUUUAUCUUCACAGGGAUGCCCUAUGACCACUGUGUGGCCAUCUGUAAGCCCCUGCAUUACACCAUCAUCAUGAGCAGAUGGAGGUGUAAUGCAAUCAUCAUAGCUUGUUGUACAGGGGGAUUUACACACUCUGCUAGUCAGUUUCUUCUCACCAUCUUCUUACCAUUCUGUGGUCUCAAUGAGAUAGACCACUACUUUUGUGAUGUGUAUCCUUUGCUGAAAUUGGCCUGUUCAAAUACACACAUCAUAGGUCUCUUAGUCAUUGCAAAUUCAGGCCUAAUUGCUUUGGUGACCUUUGUUAUCUUGAUGGUGUCUUUUUUUUUUAUAUGGUACAGCAUCAGGGCAUAUUCUGCAGAGAGCCACAGUAACGCUCUCUCCACUUGCAGUUCUCAUAUCACAGUCAUAGUCCUGUUUUUUGUACCUGCAUUAUUCAUUUACAUUAGACCAGCCACAACUUUCCCAGAAGAUAAAACAUUUGCUCUUUUUUACACCAUCAUUGCCCCUAUAUUCAACCCUCUGAUCUACACGCUGAGAAACAUGGAGAUGAAGAAUGCCUUGAGGAAAGUUUGGUGUCAGCAUAUACUCCUGGAAAGCAAGCAACUUUUCUGA